AUGCCAAGCGACACAUCCAAUCUUGAUCUUCUUCUUUCGGUUGGGGAAGUUCGUGCAGGCCCAGCAACUGUUCAGACAGCUGUUCAGACAGCAAAAGCAGAUCAGCCAACACAUCGUGCUCCUCCCGUAUACGAAUACAGGAUCCCAGCAACGACCAUGUUGAGAUUGGACCCAAAUCCAAGGAGAAAAUACAGAGGAGUGAGGCAGAGGCCGUGGGGGAAGUGGGCAGCCGAGAUACGAGACCCGGCAAAGUCCUCGAGGGUGUGGUUAGGCACGUUCGACACGGCCGAGGCGGCGGCUCGGGCUUACGAUGAAGCCGCCCUCCAGAUCAGGCGCAACAAGGCCAAGCUCAACUUCCCUGAGAACGUCCGGCUCCCGCCGCUGCCGCCUCCUGCAGCCUCAGAGGCUGAUCCUGCGGCGACCCGCCUUGCCGUUUCCUGCGAGUCGCCAGCUCCCAGCAAUUCCAACGCUAGCAACUGCGAAGGGCAGACUCCUGUGCUGCGGUUGCUUGAAAAAGAACUUUAA